AUGACUCGCAUCCUGCUCCCCCUUCUCGCCCUCUCCUCCCUCGCCACGGCGCACUUCUCCCUCACCCUCCCCAAGCCCCUCGGCGACAGCGACGACAACGAGGCCACCGCCCCUUGCGGCGGCUACACGGCGUCGUCGUCCUCCGAGACGACCGACUUCUACGUCGACGGCGACGCCAUCGGCAUGGAGAACGGCCACCCCCAGACCAACUGGCUCUUCCGCGCCACCCUUGACCGCACCGCCGCCGGCGGAUGGACCCAGAUCUUCCCCAUUGUCCUGCAGACCGGCCUCGGCAACUUUUGCGAGCCAAAGAUCGCCGUGCCGUCCAACUUCACCGGCCAAAAGGGCAUCAUUAGCGUCGUGGCGCACUCGCCCGACGGCCUGCUGUACACUUGCGCCGCCGUGAACUUUGUCUCCGGCACGGCCCCCACCCGCUCCGACUGCAAAAACGCAACAAUCACCGCCGACUUUACCUCCGACCCGACUCUGACCGCCCUCCUCACCGGCGGCGACGCCUCCGCCAGCGGCACGCCCUCCAGCUCCGGCUCCCCGGCCAGCUCGGCCUCCACUACGCCCAACGCCGCGCCCCGCAUGGCCGGGAACCUCUUCUCCGUCGGCGCCGCCGCCGGUGUGUUUGCGUCUGUUGCCGCUGCUGUUGGCGGAGCCGCCAUGCUUUUCUAG